AUGUCGAACACGCCGACCCAGACGUAUCAGUUUCCCAGCAAGACGGUCAAGGCCGACUUUCCCCUCAUCGACAAUGACCCACACUUCAAGCGCGUAGUGCGGUAUGCCCGGCCGUCCGACUAUGCGCACGGCGUUGUCGCCGCCGCCUUGGCCCCCGGCCUCCUCUACGGCCUCGAGAAGGUCUCGCCGACGCGCGUGGGAAAGGGCGGCCUUGCCCAGGGCAUGCGUCUCGCAGGGUUUAUCGGCGCAUGCGGCGGCUUCCUCUACUUCUACCAGCGCUCUAUCCUCCGGUUCUACGGCAUGAGCGAGAACUCGCGCGAGGUCAAGAUGGACAUGCGCGAGAUGGUGGACAGGCUCAAGGCCGGCCAGACGCUCUACGGCGAGAGCCAGCUGACGCCAGCCAUGCAGGGCACUGCGGCCCGCCAAUCGCGGUACUCGGCUCUCUUCAUCGCCAUCCUGCCCUGGUUCAACUUUGUGAACCACAACCAGCACGGCGUCGACACGGCCAAGUACUACCAGCAAGCGGAGAGGGAACUGGAGGCUGAGCGCCUGGGCAAGAAGGACUUGUAA